UCUUGUUUUAUCCCCUGGCACAUCAACCGGUGCGAUCCGAAUAACUAACCAAUCCCUGGGAAUGAGGAAGACAGAGCCGCCCGAGGAGAGGAAAAGGCCGCAUGAUGCCGACCAACGGAUCCUUGUAUCCUGUCCUUGUCGAGAAUGUAUUGCGUCGAAUCCAAUGCCCUUCUGCCGAUUUUGAACUCUUUCUUUGUCUGUCGAACUUCCAUUUUUUUGUCCUCGUCCAGUGGCUUUCUUCUACACAUGCCCACAACUUUAAAAUUUAAAUUACAUCUCUCUUUAUCUUCUCACUUGGGGGGACUGCUAGUGAGAGAGAGAGAUGGUAGAUUGGGGGCCAGUGGUGAUAGCGGUAGUACUGUUUGUGCUGUUAACGCCAGGGCUGUUAUUCCAGCUGCCUGGAAAUAGCCGAGUGGUGGAAUUUGCAAACAUGCAGACAAGUGGAGUUUCCAUAUUGGUCCACACUGUCAUCUUCUUUGGACUCAUCACUAUAUUCCUCAUCGCCAUUGGUGUUCACAUCACCACCGGGUAAUUUUAUCAUUUUAUGCACAUGUAGCACCCCACCUCUUGUUUCGUCCUGUUGAUUCUGUAUCAAUUUUUUUUUUUCACACUUCCGUCUUAAUUUGUUCAUG